AUGUCAGUGAAUCUGGAGCCACAGACGACUGCAAAAUGUAUUAUCUAUACAUCAAAGGGUAAUUUAAAUGUUGAAUUAUGGGCAAAAGAAUGUCCAAUUGCAAGUAAACUGUUUAUUGAAACGUGUUUAUCGAAGUUCUGGGUAGGUUCUUCCUUGGGUGAGUUCGGUGAGGAUGGAUCAAAAUUAUAUAUUGAUUUUGAUGGAGACACUAAAUUUAAGGACUCGAUAGCAAUGGAGUCGAAUUCAAGGUUAUUAUUCAAUAGAGAGGGUUUAUUAGGUUGGGAUAUAGAUGCCGGAUUAUGGUUUGUCACUACAAGUGAAAAGUGUGAUGGGAAAAGGAAAAUUUUAAUAGGUAAAAUAGUUGAUCAAACCAUCUACAAUUUUAGAGAAAUUUGCAACGGUGAGAAAUCUAAAAAAAAUUCAAACAAAUUUCUAUAUCCUGCUGAUAUUACUGAUAUUGAAGUUACUAUACCCUAUUUUAAAGAUUUGGAGGGAAACACUACCCCGGUUGCAAGUAACUUUAAUUCUUCUGCAAAGAAAGUACAAAAAAGUUUGAAAAGGGCAGUAAAAUUAAAAAUGGAUUAUACAGAAGAAGAUUAUGAAGAUGAAGAUGAUGAUGGAUCUAUUUCAUUACCAGUUCCAAAAAAGAUGAAAAUUAAAUUACCGAAGAGUAUAGUUAUUGAUCAAACAAAAGAGUCCACAAUUGAAAUCACGCCGGCAAAAGACAAUUCUGAAACUCCCCAGGAAGUACCAAAGACUUAUCAGGAUAACCCUGAUGAUGAAGAAACAAGAACUUCAAAUGAUGGUGGGCAAUUGCUAAUUGAUACCGAUACUAAAUCAGAAAGAGAAUUAGAAACCUUAAAAUUAUUUGAACAGUUCCGGAAUAAAAUUAAGGGCAAGAAGAUUUUAAAUAGAGGGAAUAAGAAUCCUGGAAUUUGA